AUGCCCGGUAACUUUGAAGUCAUUCCGACCUCUCGAAUUGUGGAUGCACUGUAUGGAGAUGUCACUGGCCGAAGAGGAAUCCAGCUUGGUCGGUUCAUUACAACCCCCGAACGCCGAGAUAUUGAUGACCAAAAGCUGACAAUCAUUGAAGAUCCAAAGAGUACAUUGAAAUACACCCCUGAAAUUCAUGAAGCUCUAGACCCUCAUCAUGAACGGUUUGUACAGCUCAUCUUCAACCGUUUGAACAUCCAACAACUCGACGAGUUUCCGGCGCUCAAGGACAUGCACCAACAACGUCACCCUUAUUUGCCAUUCACAGGAGGCUUUUCUCUGGAGAUUAUGUCACAUUUCAUCAACUGGAUAUUCAAUAAUAUUCCCGGAAUAGAGGACAUACGUCUGGCUACAUGGAUUACGGAUGGAGUCCUCCAAGAUGCUCUGAUGCUUGGAAUUGAGCAUCGGGAUAGGCCGAAUUUGAGUCUCAGGCAGUGGAAUGUCCAACAAUACAAGGAGAGAAGGAGAAAUAUAUUCAAUGGAAAGCAUGGGAACGAGUAG